UGUGAUGGGAGUCUUAUCUUCAGCUGCCAGAAUCAACCUUAUUUGAGGCCCGAUUUCAUCACUGUUGCAUUUAUGCAGGGAAAGACAAAACAGCCAACCAACCAGACGGGCGACUGUUGAGGCAUUCUUGUGCAACUGACAGAAUAGCAAAAAGACAAAAAAAGAGAGGCAGAACGAGAAGGAAACUUGCAAACUGCAGUUCUGAAGUGCUUUCAACGAAUGAGGUUGAAGCUGCCAGGAUCUUCAAGGAAGAAAGAGCAGGCACUGACAGCUGAAGUCCUUGUUGGGUGAAUUGUACACCUGUUCGACAUGGUUUGUGGUGUACACCAAGACAAAGAGGAUGAUGAAGAAGAAGGACCACCCUUUAGCAUCACUUAUUGUUGGAAUAAAGGAAAGGAGCAGCCAGAUUUCUGGAGAAAUGACAUUCCAAAUGGACAAGUGCUUAUGGUGUUGACAGCUCACAAGUCCCAUGGUCCUCCUCCUGCUGUCAUAAAUUCUUGGCAAGAUAAACUGAAGACUUUGGGAAUAGAGGUGACAGAAGACCAGUGGGAAACUUUGAUACAACGGGCUGUGCUGGAGCCAGAAAUAAGAACGUACCUAUUGUACAACUCCAGAGGAAUAAGGAUGGCCAUGGCUGCGAUUGUUUACGUGAUUCUUUGGAUCAACCUUUAUUCCGUCCUCCAAAUUUUUUCGGUCGGACAGCCUUGGAAAGUCAGUGUUUUGGUUACCCUUGUAGCCUUGUUGGCCACUGUGGCCAUUCUCGUCAUAAUUCAUCACUACCAAAGAAAGAUGAAUGUGAGUACAGAUAUGAGGCUAAUGGCUGCCAAUGAAGCCUUCAUGAAUCUUGGAUUUCUGGUCGGGAUGACAAAUAUUCUGGAGAAGAACUGUGCUGCCCCGCAGUUGUGGUUUGUUCGUUUCGAUGUUGAACCCUGCCUUCAGUCUUUGGCGGAUUCGCUGGCUACUCUGAAGAGAAAUCAGGAGUCGGCUCUGAAGCGCAAUCUGGAAGCCGUCGGCAUUGUAAUCGAGACAGCUGCCCUGCCAACUUGGGAAAAGCAACUGAACGAUUCUUUGGAAGAAUCUUCCCUCUUGCCAGAGAUAAAAACGAAAGGCAGCAAGAAUUUCUUAGCGCGCCGAGAAUUCCUCCGUCUUGUCCCGGACAGAACACCCGAGACAAUGGCCCAGCAGCUCUUGAUGGUUUUCAGCAGCUACUACGUCAGGCUCCUGGUCAGUGGUCAGCUUCCAGAAGUCCAUGUGGGGCAGCACAAAACUAUCGGCCAGAAGCCUUGUCUCUGUCACUUUGUAAAGACUAAAUUGCUAGGAAAAGAAUUCUCUGAGUUCCAAUAAAGGUGGACAUUAUGUUAGCAACCAAGGCUCUCAAUCGUCAAAGACUGAAAACUAGAAGUCUGAGGGAAUGAAGAAUGGUUUGCAUUGUUCUCCCUACAAAAGAACCAGGUCUAAAAAUAUUUGUUGGGGAAAUUUCUGUGCCUUUUUCUGAUGAGAGACUACAUUAUAUUUGCAUCAGGAUCUGCCUCUGAGUGAUAAGAAGGCCUUUUGCCAUGUGGUAUAUUGUUUGUGCAGAGUCGUGACAAUGAGUUGGCAGCCAUAUCCAUGC